AUGGAUGAGAACUUUGUCAACAUGGACUCUCGGUCAUCAACCAGAUCACGAAUCCCACAAGGUCUCGCGGAGAUGAACUCGGCCAAGACGAACUCUCGAUCUGGGCUCAAGGCCCCUGGUUUUGCCACCUCAAACAUCAAACCAUCGUCGAUCACAAAGCCGACCACAGCAGCAAAUGCCACGUCCAAGAUACCCAGCGGCGGACCUAGACAACAUGGUCGAACGAAUUCAUUGUCGUCGUCCGUAUCAUCACGAUCCACGCAACCACGAACGGAUACGGGCUCUACAUUCUCCCAGACUGUCGGCGCCAGCUCCAGGGCUCCUGUUUCAAGACCACAGACAUCGAUGGGCACCCGGCGCUUAGGAGCCUCAUCCAUCUCAAGACCCAAAACAUCACUGGAUACCCAUGAGGAGGAAUCGCCCAACAGUGUUCUUGGCAAACGAAAGGGUACGCAUCAUUCUUAUCAAGCUCUCCAAGUUACCCCAGGAUCAUAUGACAAGCACCCCCAUUGCACAAUGGAAUGGACCCCUUCACCCAGCACAUCCUACACUCCCGACACAAUACCUGAUCAGCAACGAGAGGUGUCGUUAAGUAGUAUGAUGGGUAAACUGUCAUUGCAGGAACCCAUGGAUCCACCCAAGCCCCCAACCAUGUUGGCAAAGAAACCACGCAAGGUACCCUCACGCUCAAUGAUGGCCAGAGGGCCCUGUCAUUCAAAGUCAACUUCUCUACCAUCCCCAUCCCCAUCGCCUAGCAGACCCAGUUCCCCAAAAAGAGGCAACAAAGUGAUAAAACCGUUUCUAACCAAACAUUCUUCUGUAACAGCCUGCGACGACAACCGGAUUCAGCAUUUCGAAGAUAUGUUUGGAGCGUUCUAUAAUAAAAUGUCCGAGGUCGGCCAAAGCAGCGAUGCGAUGAAGGAGGCCGUUAAUCUAUACAAGACAAGAGUCGACGAGCUUGAGAAAACCCGUGAAAAGCUUUUGGAGGCUAAUUGCACGCUGCGCAUUGACCUGGAGGCUGUGAAAGGCAAACUCUCGUCUACUGAAGCCGCCCUUCGAGAUUCCGAAAGAGAGCAAGAGAUCGCAAUGGACGAGUCGGAACAAAGAAUGCGUAUCGAAGCGGAGACCAUAAGGCAGGAAAGCCAGAAGCAAAUCGGCAAUGUCUUAUCGGAGCAUCAGGCAGAAAUUCAAGAAUUAAGACGGCGGUUCGAGAGUGAUCUGGAAAAUGAGCGCGCUCGAGUUCAACGCGAAAUCAGCCAGGUUAAUUCGCAGAAUGCUCUCGACUCUCAGCGUGUGCAGCUGGAAAUGGUAAGCAAGGACAGGGAGGUUGAGAAACUCCAACGAGAGCUGCGAACAGCCUUUGCCGAUAUCGAAAGUGAAAAGACCAGAAACCGAGAUCUUCGCAGUAACCUGGACACAGUCAGCAGCAAUAGUGUUACACUUGAGUCCUCCAUCCGAGCUCUCAAGGCUCGCGUUGAGUUUUUGGAGUCCGGAAGCCAAGAACAGUCACAGGCCUUUGAACGCCUUCAACAGCAGUUGGAAGAUGCCCUCGCGGAGACAACUGAAGCCAAGGAGAAAUUGCUAAAGGAAGAAACCCUUCGUCGCAAACUGCACAACCAAGUGCAGGAAUUGAAAGGCAACAUUCGUGUAUUCUGUCGUGUGCGACCACCACUCAACUCAGAACCACCGUCUGAUGUUGCUCAAAUUGUAUUCCCUGACGACGCGGAAGAAGGCAAAGAGAUCUCGGUCAUGGGACCCGAGGAAAAGAGUAGUCUGGGCAUCGUUUCCCGCCGAAACAACGCUUUCUCUUUUGACCACGUCUUUGGCCCUGAAAGCAGGAACGCCGAUGUAUUUGACGAGAUUAGCCAACUCGUUCAAAGUGCACUCGACGGUUACAAUGUAUGCAUCUUCUGUUAUGGGCAGACAGGUAGCGGCAAGACGCACACGAUGUCGUCGCAGGACGGCAUGAUCCCUCGCGCUGUCCAUCAGAUCUACGAUACAGCAAAGAGUUUGGAGGAGAAAGGAUGGACAUACACAAUGGAAGGAAACUUUGUGGAGGUUUACAACGAAAACCUGAAUGACCUCCUUGGAAAAGCAGACGAAUUAGACAAGAAGAAACACGAGAUCCGACACGACAUGCAAAGAUGCAAAACGACCAUCACUGACGUCAACACGGUGACGCUGGAUUCUCCUGAAAUGGUUGAAACUAUUCUCAAGCGAGCUGCGUCCAAUCGUUCCGUCGCUGCCACCAAAGCAAACGAACGAUCCUCCCGGUCACACUCUGUCUUCAUUUUGCGGUUAAUUGGCCAAAAUAGUAUUACGGGUGAAAGGAGUGAGGGUACCUUGAACUUGGUUGAUCUGGCAGGUAGUGAACGCCUCAGCCACAGUGGUGCCACUGGAGAACGACUGAAGGAAACCCAAAAUAUCAACCGUAGCUUGAGCUGCUUGGGAGAUGUCAUCGGUGCCCUUGGCCAGGGUAAAGAAGGUGGCCACAUACCAUACCGAAACAGCAAGCUCACAUAUUUGCUGCAAUUCUCCUUGGGCGGCAACUCGAAAACUUUGAUGUUUGUCAUGGUUAGCCCUCUACAAGCACACCUCGGAGAGACCUUGACGAGUCUGAAGUUCGCGACAAAAGUACACAAUACACACAUUGGAACAGCGAAGCGAGUAGCCAAGAUCCAGAACUGA